GGGUCGUCGUCUUGCUCUGCGUCUCUUCAGCGUCAAACAUUUCAACCAUCUCCCUUCCUUUUAAACCUUUCAUCAUCCUCUAGUUUCUUGAAAUCGUGUGUUUUUUUUUUGAUUCAUCAUCUCUGUCUACACUUCUUCAUCUAAAAUCUUCUAGGGUUUACUCACUUUUCCGAUAAACCCUAGUUUUAGUGAAUCUUCGUUUAGCUUCGUAGUAAUGGAGACCGCUUCGAGCGUAGCUGCGACUCGUGGCGGUUCUCUUCAGAAUCCGCCGCUGACUCCGUCUAGGAAAGAGUGGCGCGCCGUUUCAGAUUCUCAUAACGUUGGAAACUCCACUGACUAUGAUUUGGAACAGUUGAAGCUAAACCAGACUGAUGAGAGAACCAUAUAUGAGAAUGGAAGAGAGCCGGUUGAUUUGGGUUACUAUUCGAUUACUAUGGAUGGUGAGCUGUUGCAGCAGCAAAUUCAUAACAUUUCUAAACAGAAAGGUGAACUGCAGCAGAUGGAGAUUGAGCUUCGAGCUCAAAUGAUGGCAAUGGAAAUCAAGAGAAACUUUGAAUCUCAAUCCACAGAGUAUGCUAAUGCUGCUGCUAGAAUGCAGGAGCAACUUCAUGAGAAGGAGAGAUCCAUUCGGGAGAUGGAGAGAAGGAUAGAAGAGAAGGACAGAGAGCUGCAUGCGAUUAAGCUGGAUAACGAAGCGGCCUGGGCGAAAGAGGGUCUCCUAAGAGAACAAAACAAAGAACUUGCCACUCUCAGAAGAGAGCGUGAGCACUCUGAAGCUGAGAGGUCUCAAAAUAUACAUAAAUUAUCUGAACUACAGGAGCAUAUCCAAGAGAAAGAGAGCCAACUCAAUGAAUUAAAGGAACAACAUAGGAUUGCUCAAGAAACUAUCUUGUACAAAGAUGAGCAAUUGAGAGAAGCACAAGGUUGGAUUACCCGUGCACAAGAGAUGGAUGCUUUACAAUCUUCUACAAAUCACUCAUUGCAGGCUGAACUGCGAGAACGUACUGAGCAGUACAACCAGCUCUGGCUUGGUUGUCAAAGACAGUUUAUGGAGAUGGAGAGAGUGCAGUCACAUACAGUGCAACAGCUUCAGCUUGAGCUUGCCAAUGUAAGGGAAGGAGGUGUCUCCAAAACAAAUUCCAAUGGUUCCUCUCAGGUUAUCCAGAACAGUGGGAACCAAUUUGAGGCUCAUGGAAACAACUCAGAAAAUGCAAAUGUUAUUGCCCAUUCAAAUGGAAAAAGCGCAGAUAAAAUAUCAUCUUUUACUUCAAGUGAUGAUAGGGCUACCCAGGUACAUAACAACCGUGUUGAUGGUGUAUCAACUUCUCAUCUUGGGAUGCAUGGGUACUCUCAAGCGGGUCAAUCUCCUCUGCACUCUCUUAUCAUGCAUCAACAAGAAAUGCCUCAGCUUGUUCAGCCUCAGGGACCUUCACCUCAUGUUGUACAAUCAGUGUUGCUGCAGCAAAAGGCUGUACCACAUAGCUCACAGAUGCCUAUGCAGAAUCAUGUGCAUCCAUCUCAAGGUGUUCAUGGCUUGAUAAGUUCUGAUGCGAAGAGUGAUUACCCAGUGCCAGCCAAUGGACAGUCUCUUCACCAAGGGUAUGGAGAUCUUCAAGAAGCACAAUAUGGAUCUCCUACACCGGCGUCCUCUGUGAAUGAACAGGCAGUUAAAUCUGGCAAUGGAGAUUAUCUUGGACCCAAUCACUCAGAGAAUAACUUUCAAGACAUUUCUUCACAGUUCCGCGAUGCCCUAAGGAUAGACUCCAAUGCCCUAAAUCAGAGACCUGAGGAGACUAAUAGUCAGGUUUCUCCUGGUAAACAUAAUGGUGCUGGAUCCAUCAUGCCUGAGACUCUAGUCUCAUCCGGGAAAGCUGAGAGGAACUUAGAGAGUGCUCUCCUUGAUGAAAGGUCCCUUUUGACAUGCAUCCUCCGUACCAUACCAGCUGGUGGGAGAAUCAGAAUCAGUUCAACGCUUCCAAACCGUUUGGGAAAAAUGUUAGCGCCUCUGCACUGGCAUGAUUACCGUAAAAAGUACGGGAAGUUGGACGAUUUUGUUGCUAGCCACCUCGAGUUAUUUGUGAUAGAGGACGACUACAUCCAAGUUAGAGAUGGUGCACAGAAUAUUGUAGCAGCUUCAGCAGCAGCAGCUAAAGUGGCAGCAGCAGCUGCAGCGUCGUCAACUCCAAACUCCAUCUAUGUGGCUAUGACUCCUAUGGCUCAGUCUCAAGGGCUAAAAAAGAAUGACAAAACAGUCCAAAGAGGUAGGCAAAGCUCUGAUUACAUGGUGAAGCAAUAAGGGAAUGCUUCAAAUUAAAGGACGCUCUUGUUAUCCUUAUCGUCAAGCAAGUGAUUACUCUGAGAAAUAUGAAAAGGCAUAGAAAAAAUGAAUUUGCCAUUAUCUCUCAUCUUAUUUCUA